CCCACGGCUUGUGUAACACUCGGCUCUGCGUGGCUGCCGCAACCACGCUGCUGCGGGCGGUGCUGGGGAUGCGGCGGGGACGAGGGAAGCGAAAGGCCGAGGUGACGGAGGUGCCGUGCGUGGCUCGGAGGAGGACGGAGGGGCAGGAAGCCAUACAGGAGGCCCGUCGGAGGGCGGCCCCGUCCGUUCGAGAGUUCAAGUACAACAAAAAGCGGGUGCGCCUUGUCUCGCAGGGCUCGGACCUGAAGGAUGAUGCUCGGUGCAUCCUUUACUGGAUGUGCCGGGAUCAGCGAGUGCAAGAUAACUGGGCUUUCCUCUACGCCCAGCGACUGGCCCUCAAACAGGAGCUGCCCCUGCACGUCUGCUUCUGCUUGGUGCCCAAAUUUCUGGAGGCCACCAUCCGCCAUUACAGGUUCAUGCUGAGGGGCCUGCAGGAGGUAGCAGAGGAGUGUGCAGAGCUGAACAUCCCCUUCCACUUGCUGCUGGGCUAUGCCAAAGAUGUGCUGCCUACGUUUGUGGUGGAGCAUGGUGUGGGUGGGCUGGUGACAGACUUCAGUCCCCUCCGCCUCCCCCGGCAGUGGGUAGAGGAUGUCAAGGAACGCUUGCCAGAGGAUGUGCCAUUUGCACAGGUUGAUGCCCACAACAUCGUGCCCUGCUGGGUUGCCUCCCCCAAGCAGGAGUACAGCGCCAGGACCAUCCGGGGCAAGAUCCAUGCUCAGCUACCAGAGUUCCUCACCGAAUUUCCCCCUGUUGUUCCUCACCCACAUCUGCCCUCCUGCCCAGCAGAGCCCAUUGCUUGGGAGGCAUGUUAUUCCAGCUUGCAGGUAGACCACACCGUGAAGGAGGUGGAGUGGGCAACCCCUGGCACAGCUGCAGGGAUGGCUGUGCUGAAGUCCUUCAUUGCAGAGCGGCUGAAAUCCUUCAGCACCCACAGGAAUGAUCCCAACAAGGCGGCUCUCAGCAACCUGUCCCCAUGGCUUCACUUCGGCCAGGUUUCCACCCAGAGAGCCAUCCUGGAGGUGCAGAAGCACCGGCGCAAUUACAAGGACUCAGUGGAUGCAUUUGUGGAGGAAGCUGUGGUGCGGCGAGAGCUGGCUGAAAACUUCUGCUACUAUAAUGAGAACUACGACAGCGUGCAGGGUGCCUAUGACUGGGCGCAAACCACCCUGAAGCUCCACGCCAAAGACAAGAGGCCUUAUCUGUACAGUCUGCAGGAGCUGGAGCAGGGGACCACACAUGACCCACUCUGGAAUGCUGCCCAGCUGCAGAUGGUCCAGGAGGGCAAGAUGCACGGCUUCCUGCGGAUGUACUGGGCCAAGAAGAUCCUGGAGUGGACACGCUCCCCUGAGGAGGCCCUGCAGUUUGCCAUCUACCUCAACGACCGCUACGAGCUGGAUGGGCGGGACCCCAAUGGAUACGUAGGCUGCCUGUGGUCCAUCUGUGGCAUUCAUGACCAGGGCUGGGCGGAGCGGCCCAUCUUCGGGAAGAUUCGCUACAUGAACUACGCCGGCUGCAAGCGCAAGUUCGACGUGGACCAGUUCGAGCGUCGCUAUGCCCCCACACACUCCCAGUGACCCUCUGUGCUGGGCAGAUGUGCCUUUGCCAAGCUUGCAGGGAUCACCCUGGGCUAUUGAAGGGCUCUCUGUAGCAGCAGCAGGGUUUUGCGGGUCUUUGCCAUCACCCAGUUCUUGAGUUGCCACACUGGGGCAGCUGCUGGAGCCCUUCUGCUGCUACAAAUUUGCUGGCAGCUGUGAGAGCCCAUCCUCAGCAUGCCUGUGCCUGCCAGAAACCAUUCUACAACCCAGGCCUUGGGAGUAGCCCAGGUCACCAUUGCUGCUGGUAACCACAGCUGAGAUUUGGGCUGAGCAGGGUGUUUCUAGGGAAAAGCCCCCAGAAGAGGCUCUUUGUGGAGCCAGUGCUGGGCUGUCAUUUUUCUACAGUUGUUUUAAAGUUAACAGUUUCUAUUA